UGUCUGGGUGUCUCAGUGACCUUUUCAUUGAAUUUAUAUCAACAUUGUGUAAGAAGGAUUUCGCUUCUAAGUUCAAUAUUAUGCUAUUCAAGAUAUGUUAUUAUAGCCAUAUUUUAUUGAAUCAUUUUCACCGUGUUCUUUCAUACGAGUCUUGAUUUGAUAUCAAUUUUCACGACUAAUGUUCAAAUGUUUUCAUUACACAUGUGAUAAAUUCUUACAAAACAAUGUAACGAUGCUAAAUGUCUGACAAAUGAUGAUGAAAACAAAAUUUACAGUGACUGGUUCCAGCUUUAAGAAUCCUGCAUAUUUUCAGGUGUUUUUGCGAAUGGUUUUGAUUUGAGUGUGAUGGAUUUGAGGUUGAUAUGACCCAAACAAACUUUACUGCGACAGUCUUACAUAUAAAGAGAAAAUGUACAAUCUAUAUGAAAUGAUUUCAGAAAUCCUCAUACAAAUGUUUUAAGUUUUGAGAAUAAAAUUCUCUUGGUUCAAGCUAAGAGGAUCUUUAAUCCAUAUGUGGUGCGUUGGGUGAAAUCAGUUCAAUUGAAUACUUUGGCUACAGUAGCAAGGUUAAGAUGACCCGAACAUUUUUAUAAAUAAAGUGUAGAAAAAGAUAUAAAAAAAACUAUCGAGUGAGGCUGCCAUCUGGUGUUCAAGUGUAGGAUGAACCGGUAUUCCUUAUUUGCAUGUACUAAACCGGCUGACGAUUUCAUCUCAGAGGAACCUCAUAUAUUCGACAUCAGACAGCAACUAUGCGAUCAGUUAAAAGGAUUAGAGGUAAAACUCGAGGUCCAGGUAGCCAUUGUUGCCGAACUACAGGAAUUCUUCAAGAGAAGGGCUGAGGUGGAAAUUGAAUAUUCAAAAAAUUUAGACAAACUUGUACGACAGAUGAUUACAAGACACAGAGCUGAAAAAUCCAAACAAGAGCAAUGGGCAACAUUUUCUACGUAUGCGUGUUGGAAACAUUUACUUGGUAUAACACGUAAACAAAGCCAGGAUCAUCAGAAGAUUGGAGAAAUCUACAGUAAUCAAGUGGUUAACAGAUUAAAUGAAGUGAUGGAAAAUUCUCAACGCAUAUUUAAAAAGUGUCGAGAUAUUGGUGCUGAAUCACAUCAAGAUAUGCUCAAAGCAUUAAAUGAAUUACAAAGUGCAAUGAAAACAUACCAUGCUUACCAAUCAGAGGCCAAACAAGCUGAACAAAAAUUACGCAAUGUUGAAUCUCAAAAAAAUAAAGUUGAGCAACAAUUGUCUGGUAAGAAUACAACAAGUCGUAAAUUAAAAGGAUUAGAACGACAAUCAGAUAAGAGACAAGUGAAGUAUUCAGAAAAUAAAUUAAAAGCCCUGAAAGCUCGUAAUGAAUAUCUGUUGAGUAUAGAAGCCGCGAAUGCAGCUAUCAGUAAAUAUUUCUCAGAUGAUAUAUCAGAUCUCAUGGAUUGCAUGGAUUUUGGUUAUCAUAAUUCAUGUGGUCGUACUAUGAUGAUGUAUUUAUCAGUUCAUGAACAUUUAAAACAAACGCAUAUUUCUGCUAUAGAUUCUCUCAAUAAAUGUAUAUCUGAUCUCGAUUCCCGGGCGGAUAAACAGAAAUUCAUGGAACUCAACAAUUCUGUUUUUAUGCUGCCUAAAAAAUUUGAAUUUCAACCUUUUAAAGGUGAUGAGGUGCGUCAAAUAAGUGCUCAGAAACCAGUUCAAGAAGAUUUGGUUCAGCGUUAUCAAGGUAUCUGUGAUAGAUUGAAUUGUCUCAAGGUGGAAAAUGAUGAGAUAUGGAAGACAUUAGAAACAACAGAGAAGGCAUUAGUUGAAACAACACAAGAGAAGGAUUAUGAUGUCAGUAAAUAUUUUAUAGAUGAUAAUACACCGGUUAAAUCACCACAAGAAAAUGCUAAACAGAAAGCCAGUAUGUUAGAAACAGAGAGUUAUUAUUUAUCUAAAUUUCGAGAAUAUACAUUAAGUUGUAACCGGUUAUCACGUCUCCAGUCCAAACAAUCAGCUAUACAGAAGUCACUAGGAGAUAAUAUUCUAUCUCCAUAUGAAAAAUCAAAUUCAAAUAGCCGGCCACCAUCUUUGCCACCUAAACCUGUCAAACGUAGAAUAGGUAGAACACCAAAUGUUGGUCAACCGAAAUUAUUUGGUGGAAGUUUAGAAGAGUUUGUUGAAGCUUCAGGUCAAGAAAUUCCUCUGAUUAUCAAAAGUUGUAUUCGAAUUAUUAAUUUAUAUGGAUUACAUCAUCAAGGAAUAUUUCGAGUAUCUGGAUCUAUUGUAGAAAUUAACGGUUUUAAGGCAUCUUUUGAAAGUGGUGAUGAUCCCUUAGUAGAUACUAUAGAUGCCAGUGAUAUUAAUUCAGUAGCUGGAGUAUUAAAACUUUAUUUCCGUGAAUUACGAGAGCCUCUCUUCCCUUUACACCUCUUUGAUGAGUUAGUUAGCUGUUCAAGAGAAGAAGAUAUGGUAGCUCGUGUAGAACGUAUUAAAUAUUUAUUAAGUGGUUUACCUAGAUCUGUUAUAGUUGUUAUGAGAUAUCUAUUCGCUCAUCUUAAUCAUAUAUCAGAGUAUAGUGAUGAGAGUAUGAUGGAUCCAUAUAAUCUAGCUAUAUGUUUCGGACCAACUUUACUACCAAUACCUCCAGAUAGGGAUCAAGUCUCUUAUCAGAGUAGCGUCAAUGAAAUCAUUAAAACCAUUAUCAUACAUCAGGAGGAAAUAUUUCCUAAUGAUGGAGGCACAAUUUAUGAAAAAUGUAUUGUUGAAAGCAAAGAUAAAGGAAAUGAUACAUGUGAUGAUGAUGAAGAUGAUGAAACAUCAUCUACACCCAGUGAUGAGGAUGAACCCGAUAUUUUGGAAGCCACAGCAUUGUAUGAUUUUGAGGGACGUACGGAGCGAGAAUUGUCAUUUAAAAAGGGAGAUAUUCUAGUCAUUUAUCAACAAGUUUCAACAGAUUGGUGGGAAGGAGCAUUUGGAGGAAAAGAGGGGUUAAUUCCUGAUAAAUAUGUCACAUGGAAGACUGCUGGUAGUGAAGAACAGAAGAGUUUUAGUUCUGAAGAAGAUCGAUCCAAUUCAUCUCACUCUCUACCAAGUAAACCAGUACGACAGAGCAGCGAGGAUGGCAGUAUUGGUAAACUAGAGAAAACAACCUUGCCAACCACGAUAACGGAAGUUCGGGAAACAGAUAUUAUUGAUACAAUGACCCCAUCACCUCCACCUACUCCUCGCAGUAGUAUAGGAUCUAAAGUAACUAGUAGUUCGAGCUUAGUUCCGUCAAGCCCAAGCCCAGAAACACCAGAAAUAAAGAGGAUCUUGUCUUCCUCAUCCACCACGGACACAAGUGCUGAUGAUCUUUCAAUGGAUAUUGAUAACGCUUUAGCGGAAGUAAUGGACGGUUUGAAAUCUCUUGAGAUGCAACAAAUAUCAGAUAAACGAAUGAGUUUACCGAUUGUUAAAACAAAACAAACUCCUAAACAUACCCCCGAUUUGGUGCUUGAUUUACCUGAGGGAUCGAACUCUCCGACAUCCCAGGAUAGCAGUAGCGGACCAGAUAGUCCAAAUAAUUCUAGUGCUGCAGAGAACUUUGCAAAAUGUAAUCAAGGGACUUUGAAAAAGGCCAGCUCAAUGCCUCGGAAUAUAAACCCAGAGGAAGUCAUGAGAGAAAGUUCUCCCCCUACUCUUCCAAAAGUUCCGAUAUUUUCAUCUUCAUCAGCCAUUAAACGUUCACCAAAUGUUCUUCCAGGAAUGAGAGCAAAAUCUUUGAAUUCCUCCGAGGAAUCACCGCCAAUGGUUCCGACAAUAAAAACAAGUCCGAUGCCUCCACCAGUUGCAGAGAAACCUAAAAUAAAGUUUAAGCCAACAGUGAUGAAAAAACCCAACCGUUCCCCAGAAACGCAACGCAAAUUUCCAGAAAUAACUGCUCAAGAACCUAUGCCGAAACCCUAGGGGUUUAUGUUUUCGUCUUUUGAUAUAAUGUGUUAUAGUGUAUUUUAUAAUAGAAGUAACAUUUUUAUGCUCUUUAGAAUGGAUUAUCAAGCUCUUAACCCAUAACCUUUUAGGAUUUUACCUUUUAAAAGACCUGUUUUGAUUGGUUGUUUCUUGUAAAUGGCCUUGUUAGUGGAUAGAUAUUACAUAUGGAUAUUAAUAAUUAGAAAAUAAUAUUUACUGUGUGAUCAUAAACAUAAUGAGAUUUCAUUUCUAUCAAAUGAAUCAGAAAUUUUAUAGAAACUGCUUGGAUUUGGAUUGUUCAGACUUUUGACAAAGUUUCUUUUAAAUUGAUGAUAUAAGAAACCAGAUGUGAUUUAUACUUUAUACUCAAAAAUAUGGUAUGGUCAGUUUUCUCCAGUUCCAUUCAGCUGACAUUACUUUUUAAGCGAACUGGUAAUAGUUUAAAUUCUAAAUAACUUAAUAAUGGUAUUUGUAAGACUAGUAGAAUAGAAUUUAGUUAAACUAAAAAUUACUGAAUCCUCCCAUGACAUUGUUGAGGAUAAAUGACAGAAAUGGUUUCCAAAUGAUUAACACUUGUGAUCUCAAAUAUUUAAAACAAAAACAACAAAUUUUGACAGUCUCUAUGGAUCAAUAUUUUGUUAUGUAUCCUAAAAUUAUCAUUAAUUUUCUGUGAUACUGGGUCUAUCCCCAUGUACAGUUAAACAUCAUGGGCCACCUUCAUGAAAACUCUUAUCCUUUAGAUAAGUUUUAAUGGAAUUAUUCUAGAUUCUUUGACUGGUGGAAAGCAUUGUAUGUUAUCUCUUCUUUAAUUUCGUCAGUGCAGUGUCUAAAUACAUAUUUGUUGAUGUUUCGGAUUUGGUUGUUGGAAGAGAUUACCAGAGUAAUUUGUCUCGGGCAUAUAUGUUAAAAUAUAUCAAAAUCAAUUAUUACAGAAAUUUGUUUUCAAGUACUUUUGAUCCCCUUAAUACAGACAUAAUUUAUUAAAACUAUUCAAAGUAUGUUUGGACAUUUAUAAAUAUUAUUAAAUUUAAGUAUUUAAAAUUCUCUUUAGGUAAGAAAACUAACUGUCUGUGUACAAAUAUAGAUGAAAGUGGCCUGUGAUGAAUCUUGUCUUAUUUACCUUCAUGUAUUUUAUAAAAUAACCUAAUAUAUAGUCAUGUGUGUAUUUAACUGUAUUAUAUGUACAUACAUAUAUCAUACACUGUGUAUAUAUAUAUAGUAAAUAUAAAGCUUAACAUUAUAUAUACAUGAUAUUAUUUAGUAUAUUUAUUGCAGUACUACUGUGUAAAUAGUCAACUGCACUACUUUCAUUUUCAUUUACAAACUUUUAUGGUAUAGAAUUUAGAUAGAAAUUGAAAGGUUUGUCAUUCAGGUAAUUAAAGGCACAUUAAUUUAAAUAUAUGUUCAUCUUUAGAUAAUAAUAUACAAGUAGUUUCCUAAUGGUUAGUUUUACCUAGAUAAUUUUUAUCAGAUUCUUAAUUCAAAAAUGUUUUAAUUAGGUUACUUUGAUAUCUUUAGUUUUAAGUUUGAGCAAUUUUAAUAUCCUAAAACAUUAGUAGUAGUGUUGUAUUCAAACAAAUGUUACACACUUUAAGCUCAAAUUUGCACCUAAAUUGUCUAUGGUGAACCUCAGAGCCAAAGUAAAUUGACACUAAUGUCAGUGUAAUUUGACCUCAGAGUCACUGCAAAUUGAUGUCUUCCAUAUAAAACUUACAUGUAUAAAUAGAAUUCAAUAUUUUCUUAUUUGAAAAAAAAAAUGACAGGCUAUUUUGAUUAAACUUUUAGAAAAAAUGAAAUGAAUAAAUGGAUAAACAAUAUUUUUCCUUUUUUUAAAAGCAUUCUAAUGUCUUCCAAUUUCAUCUGCUAAAAAUAGGUCCUUAUUAAAAUUCUAAAUUAGCUAAUCGAUCAAAUAUAUAUAUAUAUAUUUCAUUAAAUAUGUUCAACAUAUUUUGUUUUGCUAUAAAAUCUAAUUUGUGUGCUUGCUUUAAACUUUUCUUAGAUAGACUUAAUAUUAAGUUCUUUCCAGAGACAUAAGCUUAUAAAACUAUGAAUUUUUUUUUGCAAAAGCCAUGAUCCAGAAAUCGUGACCUGAUAAAUUCAGAAACUAAUAUUUCCAUUAAUUGAAUAAUCUUAUUAAAAUAGUAUAAUGGGAUUAAUUAAGAAAUAACCACCCUAAUGUGCUCAAAAUAGUUUAUAAUGAUAAACUCAACUAUAUAUUUCAUUUUUCAAUUUGUGUAUUAAUUAAUAUCAUUUACCAUUUUAACUCAUUUAUUUUAUACUUGAUAUAAUAUUCAAAUAUCAUUUUAAUAUCUUAAUAUAAAUCGUUUUGUUUGGUAUCCAAAUCUUAUCAAAAUCGCUUUUCAUACAUAGAUUGUUUGAGGUUUUUGUGAAGAGAUGAGUGACUUUGUUAGAAAAUAACUUGAGUCAAAAGUUAAUUUUAACAGCAAGGGAAUGCUUUUAGUUUAUAGAAGAAAUUUAACAGUGCUUUUUGUACAUAGUUUAUUUUACAAUCAUUUUACUACGUUUGUUUUCCAAAUGUACAUUUUACAGUUUUAAAAAUAUAUCAUAAUAUGAUAUCUACUAAUAUAAGAUGUGCAUAAAUGUUUUUUUUUUAUUUGUGAUGUCACAUCGAUCAGAUUAAAUAGCUCAUUUGGUGUAAAGUUGAUCAACUGUGCCAAAGUAAUGUGCAAAUUACAAAGUUGAUAUACCAAAUUGAAGUAAACAUUUUGAACAAAUUUAAUAAAAUUCAGAUUUGUUUUUCAUAUUUUGUGCAUGAUGAGUCGAUGGUCUCAGGAAUGUCAGCCAAGUAAUGUUUCUAAAUUGCAAAACUAUUAAUAUUUCUAUCUUUCUUCUUGUCUAUCGACUCAAAUCUUUUUUUUAUUGUUUAAUACAAAAUCAAUAUAAUGAUUGAAUUAUUGUAUAGAGAUUUGAAUUGUAAAUAACUGUAUUUUUUUCUUUUUAUGUUAUUGUGUGCUAUGUUUUUUCAUCGUUAUUAAUUGUUGCAUAGAAUCUUCUGUCUGAGUCAUACGAUUUGAAAAUCAGAAUGUUACAAUGUCUUUUUGAAUUGUGGUACAAAUCUUGUUAGGAACAGUGAUCACUUUAUUAGAUUAAAUGCUCUGUACUAUUCAUAGAAAGGUUUGGAAAUAUUAAUUUAUCUUACAUCUAAUGAAUUUCCAAUAGGAUUUUCUAAGUAUCGUUGUGUGUGAUUAUGAAUAAGGUCCAUCAGUUUGUGAGAUUAUCACAGUUGUAGUUUUAAAUUUUGAUUUUCAUGUCUGGCUCAGAUUGUAGUAAAUAAAAAUGGAUGUGCAACAAGGUGGGCGUGGUCCACAACUGUGUUUUAAUGAAUGUUAAUGUAGAAGAAAUUCUGACCAUGUUUGUUGAAAAAAAGAUCUGAUGUGUACAUGUAAUCCUGUCUAUGUACAGUUAAAUCAUUUUAAUCUUUUAUAUAUCUAAAAUAAUAAAAAAAAACAUGAGAAGCUAUUCUCUAUA